AUGGCAAGAAUGGAGUCCAGUAGAGACUCUCUAAUGACCUUAUUCAUCCCACCGGAUGGCCCAGUUGAGAUCUCUGCAUUAUAUUCAGGUGGCAGUAAUGAACCAAUACUUAUCUAUGUUAGCUCAUCUCAAGAGGAUGUUACGGGUUGGUAUAAGAAGCCUACUAAUAGUAGUAGAGGUAAUGAUGAAGAAUGGACAGAAGUAAAGGAUCUCAAAGAUAAAGCACCUGAUAAGUUAACCAAUCCUACAGGCUGCAAUAAUGAGAACUUUAAACAACUUGUAAAAACUUUAAGAGAACUUGGAUGUACAGACCUGCAAAAGUGUCUUGAACCUCCACCUCUUGGACAGAAUGGAGUUCAACGUGAGGAAGUCCCCGCAGCUGACUUAUCUGACCAGGUUCCUGAUACAGAGUCUGAGACUAAGAUUCUCAUACAAGGUACAACUUAUCCUCCUGAAGUUACUGAAAAAUUAAAAGACCUUAUUGUUACUCCUAGUGGAUGUGGUGAAACUCUUCCUCAACUCUCACCUCCAGGACAAAGUGCUGGUCCUGGACCUGCUGGCCAAGAUGGUUCACUUGGUGCUAAUGCUAGUAAAGCUACUUCUACUCCUCAUUCUUCCUCUACUUCUCAAUCUCCUGGAACUUCUCAAAUCUUUCCUUGGAAAGAGACUGUCUUUGGAGGUCUCGCUGCUGUUGUAUCUGGAUUAGUUGGCUUCGCGGGAUUUAAGGACCUUUCUAACCCUGAUGAGACAAAGUUAGAUGUGCACACAGAAAAUGCAUAUGGAGUGUCAUUAAAGGAGUAUACUCCAAAAAGUGCCUUCCACAUAUCCUCUGUUCUUGAUGGUGAUAAGGAGCUAUGGAAGGCUGGAGCUGGCAAAGAGUGUCUAUUUGUAGAAUCUUAUUCUAAGGGUGCUCUAGAACUUCUUUACCUGGAGACCUCAGAGAGUAGUGGCACUAAGUAUAAGUACUUUGAGAAAUUAGAUGGAGUAUGGAAGGAGAUUGAUGAAGAGCCAUUUAAUGAGAAGGCAAAGACAUUCAUUGGAGAAUCUGGAAGAGAUGCUUAUCUAAAUAUUGCCCAUCCAAAUAGACUACUAUGCAAGUCAUUCAACUAUACUUUCGCUGCUAAUGCAAUAAAACUGGUCGUCUCUAACAAGGGUGUUAGCGUCUCCAAGCUUGUGAACGACACUGAGACUGUUUGGACAGCUGAACCCGGAGAAACAUUUGAUCAUGCUAAAGUCUACCUAAACAAGGAUGGUACUCCUGAACUUAUAUUAGUCACUCUCAGAACUUUAUCUGGAAUAUCACGAAGAGAUUAUGUAAAGACUGAGAAUGGAUGGAGUGUCUGUAAUAAUAGUAACGCCAAGAAGAAGAGCUUGAGGGAUCCUGUAGAAUGGAAGUCAAACUUUGAUAUCGACGUUUCCGCUUCUAAGGACGCUGACAAGUGUACCAUCUUUGAGGCAGAAUUACUGGGUGUGACCGUUAAGCAUUUCUUUCCUAAACCUAGCCAUGUCGCUAUCCAAGUAAAGGAUGGUGGUAAAUUUCUAUGGAAUGGUGGAGCCAAUGAUCGUUGUCUUUCUUGUCUUAUUUAUAAGAAAGGGACUGUAGAGAUUCUGGAGAUGACAGUAGUGGAAAGAUUAACAAGGAGAUGGAAAUUCUUUGAAAGGAAUACCGAUGGCUGGAAGGAGGUUGACAAAACAGAAUUUGACAAGAAACUCAAGAAUAUCACAGGUGGAACCCAUCAACAGACAGAAACUACCAAGAUUACAUCUGUAGCUACUACUGAACAAAAUACCUAA